UCAGUUCACCUGUCGAUUUUCUCUUUUCCCAGCUGUCUUUCUCGGUUAUUUUUAGGUUAAAUUCUAAAAUAAAUUCAAGAAACGACCAGUGAGACUUUGUUAUGUAGGUUAUUUUAAUAUUUCAACGUGCGCCAAUAUACAUCUAUAUCUUCAUGAAAAUUGCGCAUUUGCAAUCUUUUACGUUUCGCUCCUGAUUUGCAAGUUCAUUGUACUUCCAUUGUUUACUCAGGGUUAUGAAACAGUAAGGAGCUAUCUUCUGCCGCCUAAGGAGCGUCAGAUCAAAGUAAAUCAUGUCAGGAGAUGUACAGCCAAGAAGGAGGAAAGAUAAAAAGAAAAAAAAAGAUGAUUUGGGCGUAGAAGAGCCUCGUGGCACGGCAGCGGCUCUUGGGGAGGGGGAUGUCUUUAUGCACUCCCAUAAUGACCAUGGCACUGGUGGACAUUGGUGUGCUAAAAUAAUAUUUUUUUCCCUUUUGGCGGUACUGAUUACACUUAUUGGAUUGAUUAUACUAGAAAAUAGAGGUCUCACUGAAUUGGAAGCCAACUCUGUAGAGUCACGAUAUUCUGGUGUUCUGGAAGGUUGGUUAGAAGAUACUCCUGAUGACGACCAUCAUGACGAACACACCUUAGAGCUGAAACAUCCUGAUGAUGAUAAUGAAGAACAUGUUGAAUCUGAGCUUGAAGAUGAAGAUGAUGAUUUAGACGAAGAACAUGAAGAUGAUGAAGAACAUGAAGAUGAUGAGGAACAUGAAGAUGAUGAUGAAAUAACUGAAAGUAAUGAAGUUGAUGACGAUGAUGAAGAGCAACAAUACAUUCAGAAUGACGAAAACGAAGACGAUAAUGAUGAAAGUGUAGAAAAUUUACAGGAAAUGGAUGAUGAGGAGGUUGAUGAGAAAAUAACUUAUAGUCGAUAUAGUUACGACGAGCAAAAAUAUAAUAUUGAUGAUAAUGAUGACGACGAUGACAAAGGUAGUCGCGAAAUUCAAGAAAUUGAAGAAGAUGAUGAUAAUUUAAGUAAAGAAAUAGACAAUAAUGAUGACCAAAAUCAGGAUGACUCUGGUGACGAAGAUAACCAUGAUGAACGAGAUGAUGAGGACGAAGAUGAAAAGGACAAUGAUGAAAAUGAUGUUUAUGAAGCCAAUAGACAAGAUGAGAGUGCAGAACUUGAUGAGGAAAAUCAAGAGGAAGACGGUGAUCCAGACGAUGACGACGAUGAAGAAGAGAUAGAGAAAAUCGAAAGGGAGUUAAGUGAUGACGACAUUGGGUCAGAAGAAGUUCCAUUGAAAUCGUCUCUUCAUGACAGUGAUGAAGAUGUAUCAAAAGAAGAUGCUGCACAAGAGGAGGCCGAAGACGACGAAGAUUUCCUAGAGGCGGACGAUGAUGAACCACCCGUGGAGCAUAUCACAACUCCACCCGCAGGCAGACCUUUUGUUGAGAUAGAAGAAGAAACAAUAGUAAAACCUGUCGACACAUUAGCGGAAGAAGAAGAGUAUGAGAGGAACCAAGAAGAAUUGCGUAGAGAGGAGGCUCAAGCGUCUCACAUGUGGCUGAAGCUGGCGGUGGGCGGCGCGCUGCUCGCGGCCACGCACGUCGUGCUGCGGCGCGCCACGACCCGCGCCGAUGUCCCUGAACCGGAAGAGCCGACUAGAGAGGACACGGCGUCUGUACCCGACCGAAGGAUGACUCUUAUUUCUGAAGAACCGUCGACUAAUGUAGCACAAAGGCAACCGCAACCGACUCCACGCCCAGUAACUGAGGAGGAAAUAUUCAAAAAACCGGCUCCAGUGAUGAAGUCAGCACCAAUAUCGAAACAAGAUAUUGAACGGGAAGUAAAUGAAAAAAAAACAUUACGUGAUGAUGAGAUUUCAGAAGCUAAUGCAAAGAAAGAAGAAGAAAAAGAGCUGUACAGUGAUGAUGAAGAAAUUGAGGAAGAGGAGGAGGAGGAAGAGGAUAUUGUUAUACCAACAAAAAUUAUUACCCAACAAAAGUCUCCAGUUCUGAAGACAGAACACAAGGAAGAAGAAUCAGAACCUGAAGAAGUUCCCGAUGAUGUUGAAAUUAUAGACGAGGAACAAAUUGAAGAAGAAGAAGAGGAGGAGGAGGAGCAAGAUGAAGAUGAAGAAGAAAUUUCGGAUGUUGAUGAUACGGAAUUGUUAAGUCGAUUAGAAGCUAAAUAUGGUCGUAUACCGGAACCGGAGAGGCCCGGAAAGCAGAAGGGAGGCGGAAAUAGCAUAGAGGAUGAAUGGCCAGGUGAACCAAGUGAUUCGUACUGGCGCGAACAGCUCGACAUCGCCGAAGAAGAAAUACGCCAGGGCGCGUGGGCGUCGUGCGAGGCGCGCGUGUCGGCGAGCGCGCUGGCCGACAGCGCCCGCGCGCGCUGGCUCGCCGCCCGCGCGCUGGACGGCGCCGCCGACGCGGAGCGCGACAACCGCCUCCUGUCCAGGGCUAUAGCCGCUUACAUUCAUCUUCUCAAAAUGAACGAGCGUCUCUCGGAUAUCAAGCUUCUGGAAGUUGCCCGUCGAGCCGUAGAUAGAAUUCAAUUUCGAGGGACGUACCUGAGUGCUGAGCCUAUUUACAGAAUUUUAAUAAGAAGGUUUCCUCACGACAUCACCCACCGUAACAACCUAACCGUUGCCCUUCUAAUGGCUAACAGAGCCGACUUGGCCGGUGAGGUCCUCGAAGAUACGCUCCAUUUCUGGCCACAGGAUCGCUUCGCUCUAGCCCAUUACGGUUUCGUCAUGAAGAACCACCACAAAAACCUGGAGGAAGCGGUCGCCUACCUUCAGAGAGCGCUCGAGGACGACGCCGGCCCGCCGGACGCGGCGCGCUUUUACUACCACCUGGGCGACGCGCUGCUGCAGCUCGGCCGGCCGCGGGACGCGCAGCUCGUGCACGCCCGCGCCGCCGCCCUCGGACACUUCCUGUCCGCCGAGCAGCGCUCCCUCUACAACGUGCCGCGCCUACGGGCCCGGCCCUGGUGGCCCGUCGAGGACACCCCGUACGAGGGCCUCGCGCGAGCGCUGGAGAGGUCGUGGCGGGCGGUGCUCAGGGAGGCCGAGGAGGCGGGCGCGGAGUUCGAGCGCGAGAAGGAGGGGCUGAUGGAGCGCGGCGAGUGGUCGCAGCUCGAGCUGUUCGUGCGCGGCCGCGAGGUGCGCGGGCGGUGCGCGCGCGCGCCCGUCACGUGCGGCGCCGUGCGCGCCGAGCCGGCCGCCGCGGGCUGUCGGCGCGGACAGGUCAAGUUCAGCGCCAUGCGCGCCGGCACGCACGUGCGCGCGCACGUCGGGCCCACCAACUGCCGCCUGCGCCUGCACCUGGCGCUCAGCAACACCGACGGCACCUAUAUACGCGUGCACAACGAGACCAGACAGUGGCAGAUUGGUAAAACUUUCAUAUUCGAUGAUAGUUUCGAACACGAAGUCUGGCACAACGGUACAGGGACCCGAAUCGUACUCAUCGUCGACUUGUGGCAUCCAGAUCUUACAGCUGCUGAGAGGCGGCAACUACCCGCAAUUUGAAAAACCAAAUAUUUAUUUAGAAAACUGGCUAUAAGUAUAGUGAAUUGAUACAGUUUACAGUCUGUUUACAAAAUAAUAUGAGCCUGUAGUCGUUAUGUAACGAGGAUCAAAGAUGUGCUUUUAUUGGAAUCUCAUGAAUAUUUGAAUCUAAACUGUAUUGACUUUUUAUAUUUGUAAAUCAUGAUCAUGCAUUUCUUGUGCUAUUAUUUAUUUUAAUAAAUUCCGUAUUAAGUAAAUAUUUAUAAUAUCAAAU